CAUUGGCGUCAACAUGGCGGCGGUGGAAGUCAUUGUGAACAACUUGGUGGCCCUGUGGAGGAUACCAGCCGUCCGACAGCACUUCCCCUGGAUAUUUUUACUCAUUUCAGCCGUGGGCUCAGUGCUGAAAGAGCUGCAGCUCGUCCCGCAGACAUAUUUCAGCAGCAGCAGAAACGCCCUGAAUGUGUAUUUUGUCAAAGUGUCCUGGGGGUGGACGCUGCUGCUGCUGACACCCUUCCUUCUCCUGUCCAACUCCUCCUUCAGCAGGAGUGUCUCCUUCCUUGGCCGACGGCUGCUGUCAUUGGCAGUGGCAACAGCUGUCUGGUACAUCUGCACAGAGACAUUCUUCUACAUCGAGGACGUGACCGGCUCCUGUUUUGAAACUGACACUGUGACUGUUGUCAGCAUGGAGUUUACAUCCAAAGCUGCCUGCAGGCGGGCCGGCUUCCACUGGUACGGCUACGACAUCUCAGGACACUCUUUCAUCCUGGCCUACUCUGCUCUCUUCAUCAUGGAGGAAACGGUCCCGAUGGCCUCCCUGAAGGCAGCCAGUCUGUCUGCACUGCCCAGGAUGGUCCUCAACCUGCUGUACGUUGCCUUGAAUUUGAUCAUGUUCAUGUGGGUGUGGAUGUUUGCCUGCACCUCUGUUUAUUUCCAUGACCCAUCACACAAGUUGCUAGGGACCAUAUGCGCCCUGUUGGGGUGGUAUCUGACAUAUCGGGUUUGGUAUCUAAAGCCUUUGUCACCAGGACUCCCCCCUCAGCGCCACCCAAAAGAACAGAAACAGCAUGCCUGAGCUGAUGUCAUACCAUUCUUUAUGAGAUUGUUGCCAGUGUGACAGCAAUCCUCAAAGCAACACACUACAGUUAGGUUAUCUGUGUCCGGGUCCAAGCUGGCCACGCCACUUUAAGCUAUUUUAAGUUAUUCCCUCCUUACAAAAAGGUCGCUUUGUACAAGAUGACCGACUCGCAGUUCUUCCACUAUGUUUGGCAGCUGCUGAUCCCAAAAUGACUCUUGGUAAUCUGAGAUAAAACCAAGAAGCUGCUCUGCUGUCCAGCAUCAGCCUCUCACCUUCAGCCUCUGUGGAUCACGUGCUACACUAUUGUUUGUCCGCCUUAUGAUGCUUUACUCAAGACUGAGUAAUCGCAGAUUUUAGAUAUGAAUGGGAACACUUGAGAAUGUUUACAGCUCCAGUUGUAUAGCACUGAUGAUGUAUAUUUUUGCAGACCAAUGUACAGUAGACUUUCAAUGUUAUUUAUUUUAAAGCUACCAUCAGAACAUCAGACCCACAUUUUUUCCUACAUGUAGGAUUUAAAUGAGGUCCUCAUUAAAGUGGUUUGGGGUAACUGCAACUGUAUGUCAACAUUAUGUGUUAAGUUUGCCAAGAGGAUGUUGAACCUGAUUCAAAAUAGCAGUUAUAAAGAUUUUAAUACAUGUAUACUUUAAGUUGUAGGCCAGCAUUUUUUCUGUUUUUGCACAAUCAUUUUAUUAUCAAUUUAUCUCUCAAAGAAAAUUCUCAGUUGUUUAAAAAAAUGUUGAUAAAAUAGUACAAGAUGAUGCAAACAGACCCCAAAGAUAUACAGUUUACAAAACACAACAGCUAAAAACAAAAAAGUGUUUUCAAAACAACUUUGUGCAAAUUUGUUUUCCUGAUAAUCAACUGAUUGUUUCAACUCUAAUUUUCUUAUUGUCAACAGUUUCAGAAAAAGACAAGUACUGAAUUUAUUAUUGUAUUAUCAGAUGCUGCAAAUGCCUGAAAAGACUAAUUUCUCUGCACCAUUAAGGUCUAUUCCUACCCAAAAAACACUCAAUUUAACAGUGCAGUUUAUUUUCAUUCGCAUAUACACCAUUCCGCUGCCAUACAUACUCACUACUACAUCGUAUGUGUAUUAAUUCAUGUCUGAUAAUACCUUUGGUGAACACUACAGUGUCAUUUCUAUUUUAACAACAGAAACUGCUGUUAAAGAUUCUUCUGUAGAAACCAGUGUUCUUAAGGGUGAGAGUUGAAUGUAGUGCAGUAUUGAGAGACACCAACACAUUGAUGUGUUCAGUCUUUUCUUGGCAUUUGAGGACAAUAAGGAAUCCUGUUAAGGGGAAUUUGAGUAAAUUUAUGUACAGUAGUAUGUUUAGUUUUCUGGUGUUGGUGUGCGUUUUCUUAUAGCGUGUCAAAUACAGAAUUACAAACUGUACAGUGCUGGGAGCUGAGUGGGUUUUUGCCAAAAUAAUAAAAACAGUUUCUGUUAAUUCCAUUUUCAUUAUUUAUUUGUCAUUGAUGGCAACUGAAUAAAUUAAGGCUUAUGAACAAACAUCAUAAAAAGCACCAUAAAUAAAUGCAUAUAUAUAUAAAUAUAAAAAAUAAAAAGUAAAAAAUAAAAAAAUACUAUAGUGAAAUAUAAUGGCCACAAAUCACAACUAGGAUUUCUCGACUUGAACUCAUUGUGUGAUCCAAGAAGUACAGAUCCAACCCCUCAGGUAGCAUGAUUUCAGUCAGAGGAAGAAGUAAAGUCGUAACAGCUGUGCUUGCAGUACUCAAAUAAUGCCAAGCGUUCACAAUGAUUGGCUGGUUAUGACGGUUCUUGACGUUUGCCCCCACAGUGUCAAAAUUAGUUUAAACAUCGAAAAAUCAACAGAAAUAACAAAUGUCAAUACACAGUUUAGUGAAUUAUAUUCUUAGUUUGCGAUUGGAAGUCUUACUUUACACAUACAUGUCCUUUUGCUUACUUUCAAUCUAGGAAAAAUUCACACAUAUACACUUUUUAAUCUUUUCUAUUGUGCCAUUUACAUCACUGCUGCUCAAGCAAGAACAGUCUGAAACCAAAUAGCCUCCCUGUUUCUUAAAUGCAUAUCUAAAAUAUCUCCUUACCAACAGCUGAAUCUGUCCUGCACUCUACAUGCCAAACAUGAAACCGGAUACAAUGAGCUUUUCCACUUCUCUUAAUUAAAAUCAGAUCAAAUAUGACACAGAAAGGAGGCAUUGCUACUAAAGGAGCACGGAUCAUUGUCUUUGGUUCAACAUCUUCUGCUGCAGCUGCAGCGUGCUGCUAGUCACCACCUGUAGAGACAAGUUUCUGUGGCAGCAGAAAACAUGCAGCAUCCUGAAAAACCAAGGCUUUAGCCUGAACAGCUACGCCCCUCAGUGACGGAAAGAAAUGCUUUACUGCGAGUCCUCACUUCAAGAAUGUCUGUAUAACCAGCCAGAAAACCAAAAGCAGCUUACAACUCCAGCCAGUACCUCACAAUAAUGAGUUAAACCGAAAGAGUGCACAGUUCAGGAGCAGACUUACAACAUGUUAAAGCCUGGAAAUCUGACUAAGAAGAAGCAGAAAGGCUCCCAUUGAGGGUGAACAGAGUGUGGAGCAAGAAAAGUACACUACAUCAACAAAUGAGAUAGCUGGCAAGGCUAGCCAAGAGGAGAGAGCUUGAUUCUUUCUCCGUUUUAUACUCGUUUAGCCUUCAGCUUUUCCCCCUUCCCUCGUUCCCUUGUAUUUAACCUCUGAGCUCAUUUAAAAAAUCAACAUGGUAAACAAGCAUUAAAAAUAUCUAUCUGUAAAAACAAUCUUGCAUCUGUCAGGAGGAGUCGGCGACAAACAAACAGCAGUAAAUUCCAGUGAUUUUUUUAUUUCUUGCUCAGUAUUGCUGAGGGACCAACUCCAACACUGUGCUGUGCAGGUGCUUUAAAGGUUACAAUUAGCAGCAUAACAUUUAGAAAUCUGUGGUUUUUAUUUAAUCAUAAAUUCUGCCUCUGGGCAACACAAAACUUUCAGUGUCCACCCAUCACAAAAUGCCUACACAACAAGAAAGAACCCAUGCAAUGAAAUGUACAUCCUAAACCUAAAGCAACACAAUCGUGCCGCAGAUGCAGAAUUUAUCAUUUCACUACCAGUACGGCCAAGUGUAACUUUUUAAACACCAGCUUUUCCUGAACUCCUGCUGAGCGACAAAGAGAGUGAUAGUGGACCACCGUGUGCUGUGCAAUCUGUGGUGCUCUAAAUAAACCGACUCUGAACGCACACGUGUCUCUGUGUGUUAUUGUGUGUUGGGUGUACAGCUAGUUAAUGGAACAGUUUGACAUUUUGGGGGAAUAACAUGCUUUGUUUCUGAGAGUUUGAUGAAAACAGGGCUGCUGUUGGGUCUGUGUAACAGUUCAUAGCUGCUUGUUUGAUUUGCACCACCUGAAUGAAUCAGAUGAAAAAUGGGUUUGUAAAUGCUCAUGUUUGGGUUUUUGCUUUAGAAUUAUGAUAAAAUAUGACAAAAAAAA